AUGAACGGAUGUCUAAAUGUCUCUAAAAUUUCUAUCCCAAAUAUAAGGAAACAAAAGCGACAGAGGCCUAAUACCUCUAUCCAAAGAAAAGAUAGGAAGUAUUGGCCCAGAAAUGGUAAAAAGUACACUCAAAUUAGGAAAAGCAAAGUCCUUGAAAAUUUCAAAAUAAAUUUGGUCGUCAAAGGAGUGAAUAGGUAUCAAAAAGCUUCAUGAAGAGAACUGAAACACAAGCAAGCUUACAAAAAUAUUAAGCUCACGACUAAGAUGAAGCUGUCACCGGAGAAGCAGAAAUAAAACUCCUCAGAUUACAUUGAACUUUACCAAAAUGAAAAGAGUCAAAGCAGAAGCAGGGAAGUAUAUCAGCAACCCACUUGCGUCAAGGAACAAUUCUUUUGUUGGAAAAGAGGAAUCGGACCUUAGGACUAUGAGACCUCAUAUGAGGAAGGAUGAAAAUGAUUCGAAUAUGAGAAAGUCCUAUAAUGGAAACAGCAGUAUGCUUGAUAUACACAAGAGAACUUAUAUUGGCAACUACAAUUUAAAGCCCGUGCCUUUGAAUAGGCUCGAAACAAAGCUAUCAAGCCUUCAUAUUUCAGAUGUGAUCAAUUGAAAACCAAAGGAAAGAAGAGCUUUAUUCAAAAAGUGCAUGCAUAGCCUGAAUCCAGCCAGACACAAAUCUCCCAAGAUGGGUCGGUACCACUCUAGACAUAACGCUGAAAAUUCUAAAUCAAUGGAUAAUAGAAGAGAGAUAACCACUAUCAAAGAGAAGUUAGAAGAACCAAAAAAUUUUGAUUCCCCAGAGAUAUUCACUAACGAAACUAUCACCCAGAGAUCAGGCCUCAAAUCGAGGUAUGAAUCCAGAGAAAGCAUUUAUGAGCUUUCUCCCAAUGGCAGGUGCUUAGUGAACAGCUAUAUUCAGAAGACAAGCUACCCAGAAUCUCCAUUACUGAAUAGUAUUGAAAAGUUUCGAAUGAAUCUGAAGCCUCACUGUCCAUCGAAGAUUCGAUACAGGAAGAGAGCAUCAAUGAACCAAAAGACUGCAUUUGGGCAUAAAAUGGUAUGUAAUGUCCAUAUCCCAUCUUCAAAAGGGUCAGUUUACCUCAAAGUUUAGUAAAAUUUUCUGAAAAGUUUCAAAAUUUAAUU